AAAAUUCAAAAUUAUAAUAUGCGUGUUGCCCGCGUGCAGAGGCUGGACGACUUUAAUCGGUUAAAAAGUCACAAAGUCUAUGAUACAUUCUACAACUGAAUCAGCAGUAAACCACAACGGCGGAAUUGGGCUAGAGAAUGACGUCUACAGUGGUAGAUCAACAACAGCUGAUUACUUUCGUUCGAAAACAAUGCCCAGGAGGACCGGAACGUCAACCAUAAUGGACGACUACAACUACGGUAACGGUAACGACGGCGAAGCGAACGCCACGACAGUCGUCGUUGGUCACCGACAGUGGCCCGAGUCGUCGGCGGACAUCGUCGAGUACGAUUCGUCAGCGGUUGCAGACUCGCCGACGCCGCAGCAACAGCAACAAUUUUUACUACCUCAUAAUCAGCCACAGCAACAUCAUCAGCACCUGCAGCAGCAGAAUCCCGGUGCCACGGUGUCUGCGUACGAUCCGAAUUCCGGCGCCGGCCAUCGCUCCACUCAAGUCAAUCACAACUUAUCGGCUGGCGGUAAGUCCAUGGCUAAGUGGAAGACUCGCGCCCUGUAUAUGUUUCUCGCUUGUCUGCUGGCCGUCGUCGUCGUUAAUCUUACGCUCACCCUCUGGUUCAUCCGUGUUACGCAGUUCACAUCGGAGGGYAUGGGAUCAAUGAAGAUCACACAUGGCGGCCUCCGGUUGUCCGGCCGGACAUUGGUCACCAAUCGGCUGGUAGCGUCGGCGAUACGCUCUCGGACCGGACGUCCGCUUCUCAUCGAGUCCACUGCUAACGUCACGCUGAUUNNNNUUAAUAAUAAUAACGAUUUAUUUUUGAUCCUUUGUAUAGCUAAAGAUGGUUUGGAGUGUGCACAAGCGAGCAUGUUCAGAGUGACUGAUACACGUGGUGAGACCCUGUUCUCGGCAGACCGGAGUAAGGUGAUAGUCGGUGCCCAAGAACUUCGAGUCACGGGUUCAGGCGGUGCCGUGUUUCAAGGCAGCGUCCAAACGCCUAUGGUUCGAGCCGAUUCUCGACACGAUUUAAGGUUGGAGUCAGCGUCUCGGAGACUAGAGUUGAGUGGUCCCCAAGGAGUGACUAUUGAGUCCAGGGCCGGUGACAUAACUGUAUCGUGUCUGAUGGACGUCAAAUUGCAGUCGAUAGCAGGAGCGAUACAAAUUGACGCGGCCAAGGUGUUCCUGAAGGGUCUGAAAACGGCCAAGACCRUGUCUCCGGUCAACUUGGCAGCGGCGGCGCCUGCGACAUCUGGUGGUGGAGACGAUAGUGGUGGUGUUAAGUCGACCGGUCAGCAGAAUUCCAUUGGCGGCUCAAAAAAAAGGGGUGCCGAGGACAAGUUGCCCAGCGUGUACCAGCUGUGCGUGUGCGGUAACGGCAAGGUGUUCAUGUCGCCGCCAGACGGACAAUGCGCGGCCGACAACGAGAGCCUGGUAUGCCGGUGAACGGCCGGUACGUACCGCAGGUAGCAAUAUAAUACCGCGGUCACGGUUUCGGCCCGAGUCGUGCGCGACAGGAAAGUUGUCAACCGCAUACACUGUGACCGCAACUAUUAAAAUAUUAUCAUUGAUGCACGUAAUGUUAUUAUU